GCCGCCGGCCGGGUGUGGUAUUUGGUUGGUCAAAAAUUCUGAAAAGCAGAAUCUGACCACACACAAACACACACACACACACAAAAAAAAAAAAAAAAAAAAAAAAAAAAAAAAAAAAAAACUGUUCGGCUGAACUUAAAGCCAGCCAUAUUUGGGAGAAUGUGAUUCAGUCUGAGUGUGCAUUGUUUGACCUCUCUACCGAAUUCUUCUAUUUUGGUCAUGUGGAUGGAUAUGAAGAGAAAUGGUCAAAUUCGUAGUUUGGCGCACCAAGCUCAGAAUUCUGUGAUCGUGUGUACUUAUAGUUUUGAAGGGUUCUCAGGACUUGCUUAAACUAGACUUCGAUUGAACUGAUUUUUUUUCUCUUCUUCUUCCUUUUCAUGCUAGAUUUUCUGAAAUGAGAAGAAAAACAGGGCAUAGCAAAAACCCAAAAUUCAGGAGCGGCAAUGUUGACUUUGUGUUUGUCAUAAAAGAAAUUCAGGGGUGGCAAUUUUGACUCUGCCAAAUUUGACGCGCUCUGCCAACGUAGUCAAAUAAGACUGCCCGCCCUGCAUUGCUUCUCUGUACAAGCUGCAUGCCUAUAUAUAGAUGUGUUACAGCUCCUUCUCCCAUCACACAAACAUUCCAUCUUCCCCCUAAAGCAGCAUCAGCUACUAUACCACUGACUCUUGCACACACAGUUCUGCACAAACAGGACAGAUAUAUCAAGUGACCGACCAUGGCAUCCCAGGCCAUCGAGAGCCACCGUGCCGGCGCUGAGGUCGUCACCGGAGGAGACGCCAUCUGCAGGAAGAAGCUAAUCGAGCUGCUGGAGGAGCUCGGCCUCCCCAAAGGCUUCCUGCCCCUCGAGGACAUCCAGGAGUUCGGUUUCAACCGCCAGACAGGGUUCAUGUGGCUGGUGCAGGGGAAGAAGAAGGUGGAGCACACCUUCAAGAAGAUCAAGCAGACCGUGUCGUACGCCGCCGAGGUAACGGCAUUUGCUGACAAGGGUAAGCUGAGUAAGAUCACCGGCGUAAAGACAAAGGAGCUGAUGCUUUGGCUCAGCGUCGUCGAGGUGUACGUCCCCGAGGCAUCGCCAGAGAAGGUUACCUUCAAGACCGGCACUGGCCUCUCUGACACCUUUGAUGCCUCUGCCUUUGCGUUAGGAGAGUAAUCAGCUGUCACAUGAAUGGUUGGCUUCAGAAAAUGUUGAGUGAGCUGCAUAAUUUUUCUUUUGUAUUUGUAAACUUCCAUGUAUGUAUCAUGUAUCUUGUGACGAAUUUGUACCUAGGAGUACUCAUACUCAUUCAUGGGCUAGGGUCAUUGCAAACCUUUCUA